GGGCUCACCGAUGCUGCAGCACGGGGGGACACCACGGCGCAGUCUCUCCUGGCGCAGGAUUAUUUCUAUGGUGCCAACGGUGUGAAGAAGGACGUUCACACAGGUGUGCGAUGGGCCACGGUUGCAGCCGAAGCCGGCGACAGGGACUCGCAAGAACUCCUGGCGGUGGCCUUCGGGCGUGGCCACGAGGACAUCGACGUCGAUGUCAGCCGAGCCGUCAGCUACGGCGAGAAGGCAGCAGAGAAGGGCAGCGUGAAGUCGCAAGAGCUCCUAGGGAAGCUCUACUACAACGGUACCGGCUUGGAACACUUGUCCAAGGACGAGCGAAUGGCGGCAGCCUUCAAGUGGUUUCGGGAAGCCGCAGAAGCUGGCUCCAUCCAUGCGAAGAAUGACCUUGGCGACAUGUACCGGCUCGGGCAUGGCACCAAGCAGGACUACUCAAACGCCAUUUAUUGGUAUCAGAAGGUUACCGUGGAGCUGUCGGAUAUUCUGGCAGCCGAUCCACGUCUACCUUCUGCACAGAGGAAUAAAACCUCCGUUGCCCGAUCCUUCAACAGCCUCGGAGCCAUGUACGCCUCUGGCUGGGGUGUUGCCAAGAAUCGGAAUCGCGCGAUUGAGUAUUUGGAGCAGGCGGAGGCUCUGGGCCACCCGCAUGCGAAGCGCAACCUGGAGACCCUGCGUCCGAAGAAGGAGACGAUCCAGGCAGAGCUGUAG